AUAUCAGACCCCGCCACUAGAGGCGCUAGUGCAGUUAGUUCAGUGAAAAAUGACAGACUCGGCGUCGAGUUCUGUGAAAAACUCUGCUUCGCGAGUUCAAAAUACUGGGAUGCCUGCCAAAAAGUCCGCCAAUGACUUUGUUUUUGGGAAAACCAUCGGUGAAGGCAGCUUUAGCACCGUUUAUUUAGCUAAGGAUAUUCACACACGUAACGAAUAUGCAAUAAAAGUAUGCGAUAAGCAGCAUAUUAUCCGGGAGAAGAAGCAGGAGUACAUCAAAAGGGAGCGCGAAGUGUUGUAUAAGAUGAGUGGCGUUCCCGGAUUCGUCAGUCUCUACUGUAGCUUCCAGGAUCCGAGGAGUCUGUAUUUUGUGAUGACUUAUGCAGCUAAUGGGGAUCUCCUGCCCUACAUUAAUAAGGUGGGCUCCUUCGAUAUGGACUGUACACGUUUCUAUGCAGCUGAACUCGUGAUUGCACUGGAGGAAAUGCACAAGCGUGGAGUGAUUCAUCGGGAUCUCAAACCCGAAAAUAUUCUCCUGGAUGAAAAAAUGCACAGUUUAAUUGCAGAUUUUGGAUCUGCAAAAAUUAUCACAGCUCAAGAUACAAAUGCUGUGGCUCCAGUGAGACCUCCGCCCGAGGAUAGAGUAGCCCCGACAUCGCGGAGUUUUAGACGCAAUAGUUUUGUCGGAACGGCUCAGUACGUGUCUCCAGAGGUGCUCAAGGGUCAACCGGCCACGAAAGCGGUAGAUUUAUGGGCGUUGGGGUGUAUUGUGUAUCAAAUGGUGUCAGGUUUGCCGCCAUUUCGUGCUGGAUCAGAAUAUUUGAUCUUUCAGAAGAUCCUCAAGCAGGAUCUCACAUUUCCCGAUGGCUUUGACGUGGCGGCCAAGGAUUUGGUGGAGAAACUUUUGGUGCUUGAUCCAAAUGCCCGUCUGGGUGCCGAUAAUCCCGAUGAUCGCUAUGACAGUAUACGAGAUCAUGUGUUCUUCAAUGGCAUUAAUUGGUGCAAUUUACGUGAGCAGACCCCACCGCAGAUCUAUCCUUAUUUGCCGGGCAGGAGUCUCGAGAGUGAACUGAGGAGUCGCUACAGAGUGCCGGAUAAUCUGGAACCGGGGCUCGAUGAGCGCCAAUUGACAAGGCUACUGGGCCUGGAAUUGGGCACCACUGGUACUAGUAUACCAGACGAGGAUGCAAGUAUCGGGAAGCUAUCGGAAGCGGAGAAACAGCAACGUUUAGAAUCACAGAAGACUGAUAAAUGGAAUCAAUUUGUCGAGGGUGAAUUGAUUCUGAAGAAGGGCUAUGUGCAUAAGCGAAAGGGUCUCUUUGCGAGGAAACGAAUGCUACUGCUUACCACAGGACCUCGUCUCUUCUACAUUGAUCCCGUGCAGAUGGUGAAGAAGGGCGAGAUACCGUGGAGUGCUGAGCUUCGAGUUGAAUCCAAAAACUUUAAAAUUUUCUUCGUUCACACACCAAAUCGAACGUACUAUUUGGAAGAUCCAGAGGGAUAUGCACUAGACUGGUGUAGCGCAAUAGAAAAUGUCCGAAAUUCCACUUACAACAAUUCGUCAACGUAAGAGAGAAGGAUAUGCUGCGGUGUAAUUUAUUGCAAAGAGACAGAGGAAAAGUUAGUAAAUAAGUAAAAGGAAUAUUUAAUUUAAAUAAAAGAAAAGGAAAAGGAAGAAAAAUAUUUUCUAGAUAGUUCCAAUUAUCUCACAGAGUUAAUAAAAAAGAAAGAAAACAAAAGAAUAAAAGAAAAAAAAAGAUAGGUUUGUUCUCUCAGUUCAAUUGCAAAAGAAAAAAAGAAGAAAAAAAAACAAAAUCAUAGAAGAGAAAAGAAACACGCGUAAAAAUGUCUUUUUGUUGUGCAUAAUUAGUUUUUGUAGUUUAAACAAUUUUUUUGUUGUUGAAAGAUUAGGAAAAAAGAAAAUAAACACAAUUAUAAUGAAAAAAAAAGAAAAACUAAUUAUAGUCUCAUUGACUCUUUUUUAAUUUAAAAUGAAUUCUAUUUAGCCCUUGAUUUAGCCAAGAUGGGAGAAAAAAUGAGUGAAAAAAAGAGAAACAUUGAAAAAAUAUAUUAUGCCAUGUAUUGUAUUCCAAAUAAAAAGUAAAAGUUGUAUUAUAAGUUUUAGAAAGAAUUGUCCCACUUUUGUUUCUUCGUAUAUUUAUCAAAUAGAUUUUUUUCUCCUUUUCUUUCCUCAUGAUUAACAUGCUUAGAGAGUAAAGUAUUUUUUAAUUAUUUAUAAUAAUUAUAUAUUUAAAUUACUACACAUAAUAGUUAUAUAAAGAUUUGAGGAUGAUAAAAAUACAAUAAUAAUUAUGACA